UCGCAUCGCGUCGUUCAGCGUCGAUCGCUGAUAAAAAAUAACUUAGACGUAUGUACUUACGCCGGUACGUGUUGUGGACUUUUUUGCGUGAUCAGUUUUUUCUUAAAAACAAGGGAAAUUUUUAAAAACAAGGAAUCUCGUGGACAUUCUUUAUGAAAUUUAUCAAGAAUAUAUAUCCUGGAGGCUUUCGAGAUUACUGAGGUGUUACCAGAUUUGAGAAUCACAUGGAUGGAUAUUCUGGAACUUAACAAAAUAUCUGCAGCCCCAAAAAAGGCCAAUCAAAAACAGUCAACGAAGAUGAAGUUAAGCAAAGUUGGAAAUCAAACAAAUUCGCAAGACCCACAAGCGGUAAAUUCACGGUUAUUCGUGGGAAAUUUAAAUACUUUCCAAUGUUCAAAAACUGAUGUUGAGAGGAUGUUUCAACGAUAUGGGCGUCUAGCUGGUAUAUCAAUGCACAAAGGAUACGCUUUCGUCCAGUUCACAAAUCCUUUUGAUGCUCGGAGUGCCUGUUUAGGAGAAGAUGGCAGAACCGUACUUAGUCAAAUAUUAGAUGUAAAUAUGGUGGCUGAACCAAAACCCCAUCAAACUGGUAGGAAACGACAAAAUAUUGCCAAAACAGGAAAUGAUUGGGAUUACUACUACGAUAGUUAUUACGCUUCGACAGCGUUUCCUGUCGGACCCACUCGACUGGUUCCUCCGAUAAAGAGACAGAGGUUGAUGACCACGACUAGAAAUGGUAAAAAUCAAUCUCAAAAAACAACGAUUAUUCCACCACUCGACCAACUCAAAGUUUAUAGUAAUCAAGAUAUAUUGAUAUGCGGUAACUGCAGAGAACUUUUUUCCGAACUCCAAGAACUCCUCGAACACAAAAAGACCUACUGUAAAUUACGUUUCACCUGCAAAUGUGAUUCAAAUAAAUCCAAAUCUCCGGAGGAUCCUCACGCAUCGGCUUCUCUCUUAUGUGUUCAAUGUAAAGACGCUUUCCAAAACGCUUGGGAUCUCAUGGUACACGCCCAAGCUGCCCACAUGUUGAAUAUAUACGAAUUGGGUAUACCAUCAAUGGAAAACUGUUCUCCACCAACAAAUUCUCCUAGAGAUAAUAACACACCAGAUAAAGAUUCGAAAUCCCACACCGGCGACGAAGAAAUCGGUAACGCGGACUUGGAAACCGACGACCACGACGGGGAAUUCGUAGAAAACGGCCGCGACGGUCUGACGGGUACUCCCGACUCCAACGAUAAAGAAUUGGAGGAUUUAAUGGACGUCCAAUCGGCGCCGAAAACUUGCAUUAUGCACGCGUUGAGUAUCGUCAGUGCGGCGCCUUCUUCUCAACCGGGUUCGACUCCGCCGCCUCUGGCGGCCGUAGCGCCGCAUACUCCGAACGGAGACGCAUGGAAACCCCACACGAGACUAUCGCCCAAGUUAGAACAGCAACCUUAUUAGUAGUUCCCUAAUUUUCGUUUAAUGUUGACCGUUUUAUAGGUUAAGUUAAAUAAUUAUGUCGAUAUUAGAGUAUGAAUUAGGCCAGUGCUUUAUCAGAAACAUAUCAAUAAAACGACAUAUCUUUCCAUGAGGAAAUAACAAUGAUGGUUGUUUUGAAACCAUUACUAUCAAACAAUAGUAUUUGUACUUAUUUUUAAUUUUAUCGGUUUUGCACUCUUAGUAUGAGCUGUGUCUGAAGUUAUCCUCUAUAAUCAAAACUAGGUUCAAUAAAUUACUAAUUUCGGAUCACAUUUACAACUCAAAAUAAGGUUUUUUCACUUUUACUAAUUCUGUUAUUUCUUUCGCAUCAUUUACAGUUUUAUCUUCCAGCAUUUGACGUCAAGUCACCCUCCAUUUCAGGAAUCUUGUACCAAAAUCGAGUUAUCAGUCUAAAGCUCUUCUGGAUUGAUGUUUUACGCCCAACCACUCUUCAAUCUUUUUACCUUUUUUAGCUUUUCCAACUUAUAAUAACGAUUUUUCUAAUUCUGUUAUUUCUUCGUCAUCAUUGACUGUUUUAUCUCUCAAUAUUUGACGCAUUUAUCACGAAAGGCUUCUCCAUUGGUUAUUAAAUUCUAGUUAGAAAACGAACAAAAAGGAAAAGACUUCAGAUCACCCCUAAUUUAUGGAAUCUUGUACCAAUAUCGAGUUAUCACUCUAAACGUCUUCUGGAUUGCUGUUUUAAGCCCAACCUCUCUUCAAUCUUUUCACUUUUUUAUCUUUUCCAACUCCUAAUAACGAUUUUUCUAAUUCUGUUAUUUCUUCGACAUCAUUUACAGUUUUAUCUUCCAGAAUUUGACUUCAUCACCCUCCAUCUCUGGAAUCUUGUACCAAUAUCGAGUUAUCAUUCUAAACGUCUUCGGGAUUGCUGUUUUAAGCCCAAUCACUCUUCAAUCUUUUCACCUUUUUUAGCUUUUCCAACUUAUAAUAACGAUUUUUCUAAUUCUGUUAUUUCUUCGUCAUCAUUGACUGUUUUAUCUCUCAAUAUUUGACGCAUUUAUCACGAAAGGCUUCUCCAUUGGUUAUUAAAUUCUAGUUAGAAAACGAACAAAAAGGAAAACACUUCAGAUCACCCCUAAUUUAUGGAAUCUUGUACCAAUAUCGAGUUAUCACUCUAAACGUCUUCUGGAUUGCUGUUUUAAGCCCAACCUCUCUUCAAUCUUUUCACUUUUUUAUCUUUUCCAACUCCUAAUAACGAUUUUUCUAAUUCUGUUAUUUCUUCGACAUCAUUUACAGUUUUAUCUUCCAGAAUUUGACUUCAUCACCCUCCAUCUCUGGAAUCUUGUACCAAUAUCGAGUUAUCAUUCUAAACGUCUUCGGGAUUGCUGUUUUAAGCCCAAUCACUCUUCAAUCUUUUCACCUUUUUUAGCUUUUCCAACUUAUAAUAACGAUUUUUCUAAUUCUGUUAUUUCUUCGUCAUCAUUGACUGUUUUAUAUCUCAAUAUUUGACGCAUUUAUCACGAAAGGCUUCUCCAUUGGUUAUUAAAUUCUAGUUAGAAAACGAACAAAAAGGAAAACACUUCAGAUCACCCCUAAUUUAUGGAAUCUUGUACCAAUAUCGAGUUAUCACUCUAAACGUCUUCUGGAUUGCUGUUUUAAGCCCAACCUCUCUUCAAUCUUUUCACUUUUUUAUCUUUUCCAACUCCUAAUAACGAUUUUUCUAAUUCUGUUAUUUCUUCGUCAUCAUUGACUGUUUUAUCUCUCAAUAUUUGACGCAUUUAUCACGAAAGGCUUCUCCAUUGGUUAUUAAAUUCUAGUUAGAAAACCAACAAAAAGGAAAACACUUCAGAUCACCCCUAAUUUAUGGAAUCUUGUACCAAUAUCGAGUUAUCACUCUAAACGUCUUCUGGAUUGCUGUUUUAAGCCCAACCUCUCUUCAAUCUUUUCACUUUUUUAUCUUUUCCGACUCCUAAUAACGAUUUUUCCAAUUCUGUUAUUUCUUCGACAUCAUUGACUGUUUCAUUUCUCAAUAUAUGACGCAUUUAUCUCGAAAGGCUUCUCCAUUGUUUAUUAAAUUCUAGUUAGAAAACGAACAAAAAGGAAAAGACUUCAGAUCACCCCUAAUUUAUGGAAUCUUGUACCAAUAUCGAGUUAUCACUCUAAACGUCUUCUGGAUUGCUGUUUUAAGCCCAACCUCUCUUCAAUCUUUUCACUUUUUUAUCUUUUCCGACUCCUAAUAACGAUUUUUCCAAUUCUGUUAUUUCUUCGACAUCAUUGACUGUUUCAUUUCUCAAUAUAUGACGCAUUUAUCUCGAAAGGCUUCUCCAUUGUUUAUUAAAUUCUAGUUAGAAAACGAACAAAAAGGAAAAGACUUCAGAUCACCCCUAAUUUAUGGAAUCUUGUACCAAUAUCGAGUUAUCACUCUAAACGUCUUCUGGAUUGCUGUUUUAAGCCCAACCUCUCUUCAAUCUUUUCACUUUUUUAUCUUUUCCGACUCCUAAUAACGAUUUUUCCAAUUCUGUUAUUUCUUCGACAUCAUUGACUGUUUCAUUUCUCAAUAUAUGACGCAUUUAUCUCGAAAGGCUUCUCCAUUGUUUAUUAAAUUCUAGUUAGAAAACGAACAAAAAGGAAAAGACUUCAGAUCACCCCUAAUUUAUGGAAUCUUGUACCAAUAUCGAGUUAUCACUCUAAACGUCUUCUGGAUUGCUGUUUUAAGCCCAACCUCUCUUCAAUCUUUUCACUUUUUUAUCUUUUCCAACUCCUAAUAACGAUUUUUCUAAUUCUGUUAUUUCUUCGUCAUCAUUGACUGUUUUAUCUCUCAGUAUUUGACGCAUUUAUCACGAAAGGCUUCUCCAUUGGUUAUUAAAUUCUAGUUAGAAAACGAACAAAAAGGAAAAGACUUCAGAUCACCCCUAAUUUAUGGAAUCUUGUACCAAUAUCGAGUUAUAUGCUGUUUUAAGCCCAACCACUUUUCAAUCUUUUCACUUUUUUUAUCUUUUCCAUUUUCUAAUAACGAUUUUUCUAAUUCUGUUAUUUCUUCGACAUCAUUGACUGUUUUAUUUCUCAAUAUAUGACGCAUUUAUCACGAAAGGCUUCUCCAUUGGUUAUUAAAUUCUGUUUAGAAAACGAACAAAAAGGAAAAGACAAGCUUUGAAACCAAGUUUCGAUCUCUUUAUAACAUAAUUCUUUUAAAAAAUCUUUAGAAUUUUAGGCGAUAAAUAAAUCCAUCAAAUUUAAAUUGUUUCCUGUAUCUUUUCAAUUCAAAACUAACCAAUUGCUAGUUGAGUUUGGAAAUAGACAAAUAAACCCAAAUAUUUAUCAUUGAGUGCUAAACCAGGACUGUACGCUGGAUGAACCAUCGAUUCAAUGUGUUAACUGUUCAUUUGAAUUGAUUUCCUGCGAUUGGUUUCCCUUAUUUUUUUUUUUUUUUUUUCGAAAACUUCUGACAUAAAAAUGUUGGUGUACCAUUCAGAAUUGACCGCUCUAAUUGAAUAGUUUUCUUCUUUGAACCAUUGGGUUCCAAACACGGCGAAUUCAUCAAUUCGAUGUUUUAAGUGUUCAAAAACGAUGUUUCUGACACAACAACCUUCACGAAAUUCAUUCUGUUUCAUCCACGUCAACAGUUAGAUUUGACAUAUUCAUAUCAGUGUUGUCAUAUUCAAAAACAGCAAAUCUCAUAUAAGGAUUGUUAUUUUGCCUUACAAAUUAUUUAAAAGUAUCCUAGGGGGUAUUUUAUUUAGUCCACUAAUAUAAAAAAUCAUUUUUUUUAAAUAAACUAACAAAAAUCACGUUUUAGUAACUUUGGUCAACUUUAUUGAAACAGUUCGUGUUUAAUACUAAUUUGCUUGAUAAUUUCUUGCCUACCCCGUAUAAAUUAAUGCAAAUAUUAUAAAUCGCGUAUUAUAUAAACAAUACGUCGCGUUUUCAUAUUAGAAUAACUGGCCUAUCUAUACUUUAUUUACCUUUUGGUUUAAUUUGUACCCUUUCUCAUUUCACCCUAUUUAAUAUUUGAUGAGGGUCAAAAUUCAGUAGAAGGGUGUAUGUAUGUAAGUUCGUAUCCCGCAUAUCCCUUAUCCAAUGAAUGUAUGUGUGUCAAAGCAUCUGUCGACAGUUUUCGAAAACCACCAUAAUUAUAAAUAUCUAAUCCUAAACAGGAUAUUUUGUAUGACGAGAAAUUCCCUGACCAAUCCGAGACAAACUUAAAAUUGAACACGUGCGCAUAUAUAUAAAUAAAUGAAGUAUCCCGGAUUUUCGUUUUCAGUUGCUGCAUUUUAUUUAUUUUAAGUAUAUAAAAUUCAAAUUAUAGAAAUAAAUAUAACACUGGUUACGUUAAAAAAACCAAUCUCUAUGAAAUUUGUAAUAAAACAACUUUUUUUGUUAUAUUAAGAAAUUAUAGGAACGUCCAAAUGUUAUACGUUCAAAAUUUGUACGAAUCUGUUUUUAAAACAAACUUAAUAACGACUAAAUCGAUUCAUUUUUAAACUAUAUAACCACUCAACUAUUAAUUUGUCUAUUGAUCAGCUAACUUCAUAUUUACAAGAAUGUCAUAUAAAAAUAGCGGGAUAUUUGAAUUAUUUAAAUUAUCUAUAUCAAUACAGAAAUUGUACAAGGACUAGAUAUUUAAAAAAAAUACGAUUUUCAUGGAAAAUUUGUUUAGUAUAGUAAUGAAAUGAUAAGGAAUAGAUGAAGUGACCAAAUUUGAUAUAAUAUCGAUCCAAAGGUUUUUCUUUCUUCUUAAAUCAUAAUUAUUAUUAUUUUUGCACAAUAUUAUUCAAAUAUUCUCAUCAAAUAUUAAAUGAAAAUAUUAGAUAAAAAACAUAAAUCAUGUAAAUAUAUAUAUAUAUUUUAUUUAUAACAUUGAUUUUUAUAUAAUAUUGACAUUAUAUUAUAAAUUCGGCACAUUUUCCAAAUCACUGCGUUUUAUUCAAAAAUGAAGAUCUAUCACUGGACCAUUUCUUCAAAUAAAUUCAUUAAAAAUAUAAAUAUGUCUCCAUAUAUUGAUCAAGCAUAUCCGCAUUCUAUAAUUUCAUCAUAUCCAAUCGAUCAUUUCGAUUAAUUACGCUUUCCAACCUCAUCUCUAAUAGGAAAAUCUUUCUGGAUGAAUACCAUCCUCUUGAAGCCUGAGAACAGGAAAAGUCACUGGGAACCAGAUCUGGAAAAUAUGAUGAACGCAAACGCGAAUUUUUCCAUAAUUUUCAAUGUUUCGUGACACAGCUAUGUCUUUUUCCAGCUCCAGGCAUUGCUUGGAUUCAAUUUGUUAUUAAACUCAAACUUUUUCGAUGAUUUCGUCGAUUGAAACCUCUUAAAGACGUCCAUUACGUGCACCGACCUCGAUUGUCAUUUAAACUUCGGAUUUAAUACUAGUAGCACCAUCUAUGUGUCAGUUUAUCCACCUUAAUUGUUAAAGACAGAUAUGUGUACAAUAAUUUCAUAAAUAAGUAUAAUUAUCCUUGUCAGGUCCACCAGGGUAUCAAAUGACGAAACAUAUUUGUAAUUUCUAGAUUGUUUUAUAAAUUUGUAGGAUUAUCCAGGUUAACCAAGAGGAUAUAUAAAGGAUUUGAUUUUUACACACUUUUAAUUCAAAUUUUGCAUUCUCAAAAAUACAAUAAUUUUGUAGUAUCAUCAUGCUAAACGAUCUAAUGUCUACUAGAUAUAAUUCAGUUAAUUCCGCAGUGAUUUAUCUAUGUUCUCAGUUGAUUAAUGCUGAAAAAACGUUUACGUAUUAGCACUUAGCCGCGUAUAAUAAGAAGCUAAUUAAUAGAAACUUUUUGAUACAAUAUAUGAGACAUAAAUAUAUUUUGUUCAAUACAACUUAUUUUUGAACCGAUGCAAUGUAGAAAAUUAUAUUUGUAUCGGAUUUAAAAACAUUUCUUGUACAUUAAUUUUUGAAGUGAAAACAAUCUUAGUCUUGUAAAUACUUUUGUGUAAAAAAAAUAAACGGACAUAUCAUAUACAUAUACAAAAAACAAAGAUUUAUUUGUAAAUUUUUUGGAAAAACGUUAAACAAAGACAUUUAUUUAUUAUCAGAAAUUGUUUAUUAUUACGAUCUAUUCAAACAUUUAACAAGCUUCUUUUAUCAUAUUAUAUAGGGUGAAUCAUAAUUUAAACAUGAUACGAUUUGUGAAUGUUUGUAUAGAUUAAUUUUUUUAUCAUUGCAUAUUGAAAAUUAUUGUAAAAAACGAGACCAAAUUAUUUAACGUAUUCUUAGUCAACCCCUCCAGGUGCAUUUCAAAUAACAAAUAACAGUAAAAAAAACCGUUAUUAGUUCUUAUAAGUUGGUAAUACACCUAACUAAUUUUUAUACCACCGGGAGUCGUUCCAAUCGAUCUACUGGCUGAGGAAGUUGGCAAAAGUACAACUGCCAUUAUAAAAAGAUAACUUUUAACUUAACUCAAGCACUAACUGCGCAUGGAUGCGAUUAAAUAACAAAAGAGAAUAUUAGAAAAUUGGAAAGUUAUACAAAACAUGGUUAAGAGAAUCCUGAAAGGCGGGCCCUCGAUUUUGCUCAAUCUUAUGUGUUUUGCCUCCAUCUUGGAUCUUGAAUCUUGGAACGCGCGGCUUUGGUUUUCAUUUGAACUAAUUUUGAAAUCAAAGCAAAACAUAGCAGUCGUUGUUACUUAAUAAUAGUGAUACGUCUUCUGUAGUUCUCUCUCCAGCUUCUACGUGGUCUUCUUCUUCUCCUUUUCCCUUAUGGUGUCCACUUCAGGAUUCAUUCAGAUUUUCUUUAACCUUAUUUGUAUUUGAACAUACCAGAUUAGUUAUUUGGUUUUGAUUUCAUCGAUUAAUGUGUGACUAAGUGCAUUUCGAUUGGCAUGAUUAUGUUUUGUUUGAUCCCAUGAUGUUCUAUUCAUUGUAUUCCUUGCUGUGUUUUAGUUGUUGUAUCGUCGUUGAUGUCGAUAUUUUCUGCUGUUGCUCCGAUACACAUAUCAGAUAUUUUUACAUUUAUUUCGAGUUCUGUAUUCUUCUAAGGAUAUAUAUGUAGCUCGAAUCGCCACGAAAUCAUCUGCGAAGCAAAGCUUGUACAAUGUAGUGAUGAAUAAUCAUUCAGUUCCUGCUUCAAGUAGAUCUUUAAUGGCUUUAACAAAAGGCGAAAGCAUUUUUCUUGACUGUAAAACAAUCUGAUAAAUUCCUGAUUUGCUAAGGGGUACAUUCUCUUUUGGAAAUCUUCAUUUGGUCAAUUUUGGAUCCUCUGGUAUGUUUUCUUAAAACACACAGCGAAGUUUUUUAUUUAGUAAUGGAUUUGGAGGCGGUGAGAUGAUUUAUUUGUAGAAAAUGACUUUAUAGAUUUCUAACUAAAAUUGUAUAUACAUAAAAGGAUUUUUGUUUAUUUAUUUGCUGAUUUUAUAGUUUUUUUUACUCAAAAUGGACGUUUUCUUUGCUGUUAAAGGAUUCGAAGAAAAGCUUUUAAUAUUCUUAGGUUCUAAAUCAUUUUUCUAAGCUUUCUUUAUGUUUUAUUAAAAGUUUUCUAAUAUUUUUAUAACUAGAGAGAAAAGAAAAACGAAUGAAAGUUUUGAUGUAUGUCAGUAAAUUGUGUGUAUUUAUGAUACAAUCAUUGAAAAGAAAGUACGAUUAUAAUGUAUGCCUUUUGAAUAACGUUAAAUAUAGAGCUUUAAUUUGAUUAGAAAUCGCUAAUGAUGUUAUGUACGUCUAUGUAAGAAAAAGAGUAAUCUUAUUGGUAAUAUAUGUCCUCCAUCAUA